GUCCAGUGCACAAACUGUCAACAGACCCAGACCCCCCUGUGGCGCAAGAAUGAUCGUGGUGAGCCAUUAUGUAAUGCAUGUGGACUUUACGCCAAGUUGCACCAAAAGGACCGACCGGUUGAAAUGCGCAAGACAACCAUCCAACGCAGGCGUAGG